UCGUGCCGGAAUUGGCAACACUGAAAUUUGCCACUUUAUCAGCUAUACCAACUAUGAAAAAAAAAUUUGCUUGAUUUUAUCUUGCGUCACAUCAAGCGAUUUGUGAUUGUGUUAUUAUUGAAAUCAUCUUUUUUUUAGUUAUUUUUACUCUCAUUAAACAUGGAUACUUCAAGUAAAUCUGAUUCAGCUCAGAAAGUAACUAUGGUUUACAUUUGUGGAGAAUGUCAUCAUGAUAAUGAAAUCCGAGCAAGAGAUCCUAUUCGUUGUCGAGAAUGUGGAUAUCGAAUUAUGUAUAAAAAGAGAACCAAAAGAUUGGUCGUUUUUGAUGCCCGCUGAACGUAAGCACCAUCAAUUUAGCUGAUAACAAAAAAGAUGCCUCUCAAGUACCUCUCGCUAUGUACUUUAUUUUUUUUACAGUAAUUUAUAUCAUUAUAGAUUUACGAAAAAUUCAAUAAUGUUAAUAGGAUUCACAUAAUAAUCCUUAUAAAAUCUUGUCAUCAUCUUGUCAUUUUGUUGUAAAUAAAUGAAGAAAUUCUAUUUUA